AUUAUUUCAAACAUUUUCCAUCACAAACACAUCUUUGCAAUAAGUUAUAUUAUUAGGUUCAAAAAAUGUCUCAUAAUCUACAUGGCACUUUUGUAUCACAAAAAGUAAAUAAAAUACGAUGGAGGCCAGAUUCCUUUAACAAUUCUCACUUUUUUAUUACUGGAAGUUGGGAUGAUGAUCAAAAUACUAUUAAAUUAUGGGAUUUUCAAGAAAAUGAAGAAGACGACGAUAUAUAUCCGUUUUUAGUUGCAACACACAACCAUAAUGGAGAUGUUACAGAGGCUAAAUUUUUAAAUCCAGAUUAUUUGCUUGCAUCUUCUUCAUUUGGAUCUGCCCGUUUAAUUAAAAUUGAAAAUAAAUACAAUGAAAUAUCACUAAAAGAUGAAAUAACCUGGGACCAUUUACAUUACUUUAAUAACAAAGAAUGUAGUCCCUGCAAUAGUUUUGCAUUAUAUGAAAAUGAUAUAGUCACUGUUGGUGAAGAUGGAAGAAUUAAUUUGUUAACAGCUCAAUCCAAGCUAAUUGUAAGGAGAAUAGAUGAAGCUGAUAGCUGCUCCUUGCAAUGUGUGAUAUUCUUAAAGCACAAUGAAAUAUUGACUAGUAAUUUAAGGGGGCAAAUGAAAAUUUGGGAUCUUCGAUCUAAAGAAAAAACUGCCAUUAAUACAUUUAUGUUGAGUGGAGACCAUGUUACACCAACAUGUUUAACAUUCCACCCUACACAAAGACAUUUAAUUAUAGCAGGAGAUGAUUUAGGUUCUUUAACAACAUGGGAUCUACGUCAUAACACCUAUCCAGUUAAUGUUUUAAAUGCACAUGAAGGGUCCAUUUCAGAAAUUCAAUUUCAUCCUGAUAAUCCAGACCAACUCUUCAGUUGUUCAAGUGCUGGUGAAAUAUGGCAUUGGUCUACUAAAGGAAAAGCUGGAAUUACAAUGGAAGAUUCAAACAUUUGGCUAGCACCAGAUAAUAUUAAAAAUAAGUUGGAAGUGUUUACAUUAAUGCCUAAUUUGGGAAAACCUAUAAAUUCACUGGACUUAAAUAGAAAUAGGAUUAUUUGUGGUUGUGACAAUGAAGCUAUAUAUUUAAUUAAUGGUAUUACUCUCUAUAACUAAUUAUAUUGUAUGUGUUUUUGAAUAAAAAGC